AUGCAGGCGAUGGAGCAACUGGUAUCGGAGGGCAUGGUUGAUUACAUCGGCGUCAGCAACUUUUCGGUGAAGGAUAUGCGGGAAGCUCAAGGCGCGCUCCGGCACAAUCCCAUCGUGUCCAACCAGAUCUUGUACAACCUGCGCCGCCGCAGCGCCGAACGGGACGUGAUUCCCUAUUGUCGGCAACACAACAUCACGGUCAUUGCCUAUUCGCCGUUGGCCGAAGGUUCGUUGGUUGGCGGGCAACGCGGCGGCCUGCGGCAGGCCUUGGGCAUUGGCCGGGCCCGCAGCGUCCUGGAUGAAGUGGCCGGGGAGGUUGGCAAAACCGCAGCGCAAGUGGCGUUGAAUUGGGUUGCAGACCAACCCGACGUGGUUGCCAUCCCGAAGUCGAAUAGCGUCGAGCGCACCCUGGCCAAUUGCGCCGCAUCCGGUUGGCGGCUAACGGCGGAGCAGCGCCAGGCUCUGGAGCACGCCUUUCCGGUGUAA